AAAUGAAUAUAAACCAUUCAGACAGUUUUACAGAUAACGGUUAAAUGGAUUAUUGUUGAAUAUAACACUGUAAUGCUUUACCUAAUAACAACAAUGAACGUUAUUACGUUAUAUAAGUUAAGUGCAUCCACACCUGAGAAACAGAACAUGUGGGUUUCAUUUCGUUUGUCAUAUUGCGAAGCAGUACAUCAUAAACACAAAUUCGCCACUUACAAGCAGUGAUAAAGGUACUCGGCGUUCACCCUAUGCGUUCACUGCGUUCAUUGAACCAAAUGAUUCACAAAACGAUUCACUGUUUUCGAAGUGUUCGAAUCACCGCACACUGACGACAACUGCUGGUCAAAACUGUGUAAAUGCAACGAGAAAACAAACGUAAACACUCCUGGUGAAGCAACUGGGAUCCAUGUGACACACUGUUAUAAAGAUGGCGUUUAUUAAAGAGGAGAUUGAAGACAUCAAGAUUGAAGAAGCAUUCAGUGUGAAACAAGAAGACACUGAGGAACAAAUAGACCUGAUAGCACUUAAAGAGGAGAGUCAAGAACUGAAUGAAACAGAAGAGAAAGAUCAGUAUGAGGAAUGUCAUGAUUUCACAACUGGAGACAAAUCUUUUAAUUGCUCACAGACUGAAAAGACUUCCUCACAAGCUACUAGAAGUUAUUUCUCCUGCCAACAGUGUGGAAAGAUUUUCGAUCAACAAGGAAAUCUUAAAGUCCACAUGAGAAUUCACACUGGAGAGAAGCCUUUUACCUGCAAACAGUGUGGAAAGAGUUUUGAUCAACUAGGAAACUUUAAUGUCCACAUGAAAAUUCACUCUGGAGAAAGCCCUUUCACUUGCCAACAUUGUGGAAAAAGUUUCAACCGAAAAGGAAACCUUAAAAUUCACACGAGAAUUCACACUAGAGAGAUCCCUUUCACUUGCCAACAGUGUGGAAUAAGUUUCACUCUAAAAGGAAGCCUUAAAAUUCACAUGAGAAUACACACUGGAGAGAAGCCUUACACCUGUCAAGACUGUGGGAAAAGUUUCAUUCGAAAUGGAAGCCUUAAUAGCCACAGAAGAGUUCACACUGGAGAGAAGCCUUACACCUGCCCUCAUUGUGGAAAGAGUUUUACACAUAAACCAACCCUUAAUGCUCACAUGAGAACUCACACGGGAGAGAAGCCAUUUGUAUGUGCUCAGUGUGGAAAGAGUUUCAGAUAUAAUUUAAAUUUUAAUCGACACAUGAGGAUUCAUUUAAGAGAGAACUCUUUUAUAUGUCAUCAGUGUGGAAAGAGUUUCAAUGACAUGAGAUAUCUUAAGAGGCAUGUGAUAACUCACACUGGAGAGAAGCCCUUUAUGUGCCAUCACUGUGGAAAGAGUUUCAAAAACAAAGCAAAUCUUCAGGUUCACACAAGAGUUCACACUGGAGAGAAGCCUUACACCUGUCCUCAGUGUGGGAAGAGUUUCACACUUAAAGGAAACCUUAACAUUCACAUGAGGCUUCACUCUGGAGAGAAGCCUUUCACGUGUCUUGAGUGUGAAAAGAGUUUCACAUAUAAUAAAGACCUGAAACGUCAUCUGCAAACUCAUUCUGGAAAGAACUUGUAGUGUUCCUCAGUGUUUCAAGAGGUUUACAAAAUAGAGCAGUUUAAAUAAUCGCUUGCACAUUCAUUUGUGGAAGACUUGAUCCAUUAAAAUUAGAUUUUGAUCAGUUAAAUAAGAUCAGAUUUUAUUAAAAAAUCUUGACAUCACACUUACAGAUACACCUGAGAAGGUAUGCAGAUGUGAGAUCCUAUUUGUGUUCUAUGUGUGCAAGAGCUUUAAAUGGCUUGGCGGUUUAAAAUGGCACCAGAAAAUAUGUAUCUUUUUGAAAGUCAUUUUGAAUGUAUAGAGGCAUAAAUCGUAUAUAUAUAAUUCAGUUCAGUACAUUGUAAUCAAUUAUUAUUUACAUUAUAUAAAGUAACUUCCAUCUUGCUGUAAAAUGUGUCUGCUUUUACAGAUUAAAUUGAAAUGAUAAAUAUACAAACCAUCA